CUUUCUACUACAUCCACAUCUUGUAUUUUUCAUAUCAUCUUCUACACAUGGCAUACACCUCCCAGCAGAUAGAGGCGUACCUUGAUCGGAUCGCCCUGCCAGAAGCCUCCAGGACAUCCCCCGUGCUAUGCGGCACCGUCAGUCCCAACAGCCCCGAGGGACUGUCCUUUCUACGCACUCUACAGAGGCACCAUCUCGCCGCCGUGCCGUUUGAGAACCUGUCGCUGCAUUACUCGCCGUCGCGCCAGAUCGCGCUCGACGCGUCUUCGGUGUUCGACAAGAUCGUCGGCCGUCGCCGCGGCGGGUACUGUAUGGAGGUCAACCUGCUGUUCCGAACUGUCCUGCACACCCUCGGCUUCGACGUGUACUCUGUCGGGGGGCGGGUCAACGAGGCGAUCCAGCCGAUGGCGACGUCGAAGGGCUGGAAAGGACCGAAAUACGAUGGAUGGAACCACAUGGUCAAUAUCGUGACGGUCAAGGAAACAUCCUACCUGGUCGACGUGGCCAACGGGUCGAGCGGGCCUCACCAACCGCUCCCUCUGGAGGCAAGCAACGAGCCAACCCAUAAUAUAGGCGAUCAAUGGAUCCGACUCGUCCACGGUCCGAUCGCGCAGCACACGCGGCCAGACCAGGCGUUGUGGCAGUAUGAGAUCCGCAACGGGGAGGACACGACCGCCUGGACGCCGGCGUACUGCUUCACGGAAACGGAGUUCCUGCCCGAAGACUUUGCGAUGAUGAAUUACUUUGUCUCGACGCAUCCGUCCAGCUGGUUCACCUUCUGCAUCGUGUGUGUGCGCAUGGUGCUCGACGAGGACGGGGUGCUGGUCGGCGAUCUGACGCUGUUCAACGACCGGCUCAAACGGCGGAUGGGCGCUCAGGCAGAGGAGAUCGCCGUGUUCACCACCGAGGACGAGCGUGUCGGUGCCUUGGAGUCGUAUUUUCACAUCUCCUUGAGUGAGCUCGAGAGGGCGGCGAUCCAUCGCACGGCUUCGGCGAUUCAGUGA